CUAAUUUAUUCAUUCACCACCUCCAUACUUACCCUCACGACGAUCUUUCACUGUUCUUCAGAAUCCGACUCACGCCCUUCUCUGUCCCGGCAGUAAAUUUUUUCAAAAAAAAGAACCCAUCUUUACUUUUCUUUCAGGAAAAAGAAGGAAGCCCAAGUCCCAAGUUCCAACCGUAAUUCCGUUCGUCGUGGCUAACUCCCAAACCUUUCGAAUUUUCAGAGAAAAGCUCCAAAAUCUUAGAUUGUGAUUCAGCGGCAGAGAGCUUACGUCGUCCAAGGAGGCAAGGACUGGGGCAAUGGCCAACUACUUAUUGAAGGCCGGGCGAGGAAGAUAACGAUCCAUUCCAAUUCCAUGACUUUCCCUCUCGUUCGAUUUGGAUCCGUACUUGUCAAUCGCUUGGUGUCCAUUCUGCUCUUGCAUCAUCUUUGAUCAGGAAGAUCCGAUGGGAGAUUUGUGUAUUGAUGGAGAAGUAGAAACAACCAAAAUUCAGGAAGAGAUAGUAGAAAUCCCUUCUGUUCAGGACAGGCAUACGUUCCAUGACUAUCAGCCACUGCUAGGGCAUGAGUGCCAAAGUGAACAUGUGGAUUGCCACGAUGCACAGGGUAAGAGAAUCUUUCGUAGUGGUUCCAUUGGACCACGCUCCUCAGAGGACGAUAUUUUCACCAGCCUUCUGAGAUUAAGUAGUUACAUAAGUCAUAGAUUGAUUUGUUUUAUUGGUUUUGAUACGACUCAUAGUCAUCUUGCAGAGAGUCUCAUUCUCCGAGAUGUUGUUGCUGAAUUCUCGGAUAAUUUAUUCACUAGUAACCCUGAACCGGAUUCAAGUUUUCCAAACCCUGGCAUCUGUAAGUCUUGCGUGCGAGGUUGUUCCUCAUCAUUCUCUAACUACCGUAUGGCUGAUAAAUGCACUGGAACGUCGUGUCGGAGAACUUCGCAAGCCAGGGAUGGAUUACAUGUAAAUGCAAGAUAUGAUGUUGUAGAUACAAGUUACAGUCAUCAACACAUCUGCCUCAUUAUUAAGGGGUUGAUGAUCCCAUUAUUUGGUUUUAGACUUGCUUGGCGGUUGGCAUUUCCCUCCUUGAGAUACUUUUUCCGCUGUAUCAGACGCAGUCAACUUCGAGUACGUAGUGUCGCAUCGCGAGUGUACAAAACAUUGCAUGGUUCAAGUGAUGAUAUUGGCUGGUUGCAAAAUACACCUGGAAUGCCUCCUGUUAGUGAUGGUACUCCUAGGUUCUUAGAGCUUCUCGAGAAUAUAAGGAAUGGAGAGCAUGUGCUUCCUGAUUCCUUCGUGUAUCUAUUGAUACCAGGACUUUUUAGUAACCAUGGCCCCCUGUAUUUUGUGGCCACUAAGCGGUUCUUUUCUAAGAUGGGUCUCGCUUGUCACAUUGCCAAAAUUCACAGCGAGGCUUCCGUGGAGCACAAUGCAUUGGAACUAAAGCAGUACAUCGAUGAGCUAUACUGGGGUUCAGGGAAGCGUGUGAUGCUACUGGGCCACAGCAAAGGAGGAGUUGAUGCUGCAGCUGCAUUGUCAAUCUACUGGUCCGACUUGAAAGACAAAGUCGCUGGACUUGCAUUCGUGCAGAGUCCCUAUGGUGGGACACCCAUCGCCUCAGACAUCCUUCGUGAGGGUCAGAUUGCUGACCGAGAAACCAGGAGGAUCAUGGAAUUCCUGAUUUGCAAGUUGAUCAAGGGCGACAUACGAGCACUGGAAGACCUUACAUACGACAAGCGGAGAGAGUUCAUCAUGAACCAUCAUCUCCCUGACGAAAUCCCCCUUGUUUCUUUCCACUCCGAGGCAAGCAUUGCUCCAGGUGUCCUUGCCACGAUGACUCAGAUAGCACAUGCGGAACUUCCAUGGCUCCCACUUCCUAGCUAUGCCAGCGGGGAGUCUGAUGAUCUGGUCCAAGUGAGCCGUCAGGUGCCUGUUGUGAUGCCAAUAUCUGGCGCAAUGGCGCUUUGCGCACUUCAUUUACAGCUUCGGUAUGGGGAGAAGAGUGAUGGAUUGGUGACUUGCCGUGAUGCUGAAGUUCCGGGUUCUGUUGUUGUUAGACCAGACAGGAAGCUCGACCAUGGCUGGAUGGUUUACUCGUCCAAGAAGAAGGAUCCAAGCGACCCUGAUUCUUUCCAAAUGUGUGAGGCUCUACUGACCAUGCUUGUGGAGCUUGGCAAGAGCAAACAGAAGGGGAAGGCAGUAACCUGAAAAAAACUGCAGAAGGGGCAAAACCAUUUGCAUUAUUUCUGCUGAAAGGGGUUUUGGUUUUCUGCAACGAAUAUUAUGAUCUCUGUAUUAAAAAAGCUCAGGUGUUCAAGUGUUGGAUCUGCACUAGCACUAUCCAUGUACUUCUUGUCCUCUGUAAACAUGGUAGACAGCAACUCCCCAACCCCUGCAAGCAAGUUCGUGAAAAAUUGCUCUGUAACUAAUACAUGUUGGUGAUUGCUCAAGUUCAUGCUUUAAAACAGCUGGAUUGUACAUUGUGAGCCUAACUGCAAACAAGCUCCCCGCUGGACAACAUUCAAUGCCAAUAAUCGGAGUCCUUCUACGA